AUGAAGGAUGCGCUGUGGUCGGCAUUCCGAUGGGUCAGCGAGGGCGAGGCGGACAAAGCCAUGGCUGUGCUCUUCCCGCUAGGCGUGCCUGCUGGCUCCGGUGGCAACCUGCCGACUGGUGGCGCGGCCAGCAACCCGUUUGCGGGCCUCUGCGAUGCGGCUGACGUCGCGCUUUUGCAGCCACCAGCGCGAGCAACGGCCGCCAGCACCAGCGGCGCUACCGCCACGAAUGGCUCGCCCGCCGCAGCAGACGCCGCCGCGCCAGAGGGACGCCCCCAAGCGUCACCGGCAGCAGCUGCGGCGGCCAAGGCUGCGGCGGCGGCAGCGGCUGCUGUCGUGGCGGCCCACCACAACUUGGCGGCGCCCAAGCGACGUGGCCGGCGGCCGUUUGAGGGCGUCAGGUACAGCAAGGCAUACCAGGCUGUCAGGAAUUUCAGGGAGCGGCAGAAAAGCAUGCUCGCAGGCCUGGAGGCCGAAGUCAAGGCGAAGCUGGCCCAGAUGACCCUGCUGCUGGCGGAGAACGAGGCACUGAGCACGCGCCAGAGGGCCCUGCAGAAGGCCAUAGACCACAACACACUCAGCAUAGAGGCGCUGCAGCAGGAGCAGCGGCAGCUCGACCCAGCGGCGGGCGGCGGACAGGCGCAGGGCCGCGCCGACGCCGCGAGCGGCCCGGCGGCGGGCCCGGGCGGCCGCAGCCCGAUGGCCGCUGCCGCGGCUGCCGUCUCAGCCACGGGCACGCCCGACGCGCGCGCAGCGCGGGUGCGGGACUUCAGGGCGCGGUACAUCAGCUAUGUCACGGACAUCAGGGCGACGCGCCUGCUGCCCGACGGGUCGGUGCGGCCGCUGCCAGAGGGGGACCCGCGGCUGCAGGAAUUCCAGAGCCUCAUAGACACGAUCAUGACUCUGCCGGCGGACGACCAGUACCUACUGCUGACAACCAACAUGGAGACCGGCGAGCAGGCGCCACACGACCCGGGCAUGCACAGCGCGGUGGCGCGGCAGAUGCAGCUCAGCCCAGACCAGCAGGUCCGCGUGCUAGCGGCCUGGCAGGUGUUCGAGUCCGCCCUGGCGCGCCUGCGGGCUGAGCGCCGCACACUUUGCGCCCGCCUGGCGGCGCUGCAAGCGCACCUCGAGAGCCUGCCGGCGGCCGAGUCGCGCUCGCUGGGCGAGCGGCAUCACACUUUGGAGCCAGGCAUCGCGAGCAUGCUCAAGAGUGGCAGCCUGGAGGAGGUGGUGUGUGAGCUCGAGGACAACAUGGCGUGGGAGAACCAGCAAUGGGGCAUCAUGACGUGGUCCCUCAACCUGAUGCUGGAGGAGCGCCAGAUCAGCCAUAUGUGCGCGGCCGGCUGGCCCUACAUGCCGAGCACCACCCAGGUGUUUUCCGUCUACAUCUCGGAGGUGCUCGGCCAUGCACCUGAGGCGCCCAAGUGA